AGGAAGAGGUGUUCGUCUUGGUGGUGCUAUAUAUAUGGAGAGAGUAGGGAGCAAGUUACCCAAAUUGGAGAUUGAAUUGGAUUUGAGUAAGUUUUUACUUAUGUCACAAAUAAGGUAUUUACUUAGAAAUACCUAAUUGGAUGUGGCAUUGAAAUUGGGUAAGAAGUGAUUAUUUUGGAUUUUUUUUUUUUCCUUUUUCUGUUUGCUGAGAUAUAUUUAAGAAGUUCUUAUGUUAAUUAAUUGAAGAUCAAAUAGGAAAAACCAAAAAACAAAGUGCGAGGGGCUUGUAGCUCAAGUGAUUAAGAGUUAAGAGCUUUUACCUUGCACUCGAGGUCUUAGAUUCAAUUUUCCUCUCCUCCAACAUCAUUUGUAUAUAAAAAAUAUAUAUAUAACAAAAAAAACCUCCACCAAAAUGUUUGGGCUAUACCUUUCAAUUAGCCCAAGUCCAGCCUCCAACUUAAUUACCCAGCCCAUACACUAUCUCUCCUCUCUCCCUCAAACUCUCAGGCCAGAAGAGCAGACGCCUCGUCGUAUAUCAGUUAAAGACUGCUAAAGAAGAGGUUGACCUUGCAUUGGUGAUGGUGGAAGUGUGGUGGUCCCUAUUAGCUGCAAUCCCCGCAUUGGUUGCAGGACAAGCAUUUCGAGUGAAGAAAAGGCGUGCUGAAGAGCAGAGAUUAAAGAGUGCCAGGGGGAGAGAGAAGAAUUCUGAUGAGAUUUUUGUCUGUGAGAGGGUAUGUACAUCCAAGAGAAUGCUGAAAAAGCUAGGUGCAUUCUCAAAGGACCCAAUUCCUGAUACUUGUGUCACUGUGUGUGGCGUGUCGGAGCUGGAUGCGUGUGCUGAUGCAUGCGCACGCACUGUUUGCGUAAACCAACAUCAAGUACCCAACUGGAAUGACAAAUGCCUUCGGAGAUGCCAGAGUGAAUGUCUAAAACUCUCUUCUUCCAGUUAUUCUUAGUAUAUUUUUUUCAACUUAAAAGAGGAAUGUGUAUUACAAGUCGAGUUAUCAUAGUGUUGGAUACUAUUAUUUUGUGACAUAUUCUCCGAUUAUCGGCUAUCAAUUUUAAGAAGUUUGGACUAAAUUUUUGUGCUUGAUUGCUCUUAA